CUUGUGCAGCAGGAAGAGGAGCAGAGGAGCAGAUGCUGAGGAGAGUCAGAGGAGGAACAACAGGUUACUGCUGAGGAGGAUUUAUGCAACAUUAAUCUGUUUAUUGUUGGGAAACUGUGAAGAGGAGCCGACAGAAGUUUGCUUCUCUGCAGGUGACAAAACCAUCUGAUUGCUAAUCUGGUCACCUGGGACUGAACACACACACACACACACACACACACACACACACACACACACACACACACACACACACACACACACACACACACACACACACACACACACACAGAAACAUGGCCGACCCUCCCGUCCUAUCAGAGCAGGAGGAGCUGCAGAGGAGAGCCAAUCAGGUGACAGAUGAGUCGCUGGAGAGCACUCGGAGGAUGAUUCAGCUGGUGGAGGAGAGUAAAGACGUCGGGAUCAGAACCGUGGUGAUGCUGGACGAACAAGGAGAGCAGCUGGAGCGCAUAGAAGAAGGAAUGGACUCCAUCAACAGAGACAUGAGGGAAGCUGAAAAGAACCUGACAGACAUGGCUCAGUGCUGUGGACUGUGUGUCUGGCCAAUCAGGAAACUGAAGGCCUUCGAGGAAAGCGGCGCGUACAAGGCGGUUUGGGGCGGAGCCUCCGGCCAGGACGGCGUUGUGUCCAAUCAGCCGCCUUCGUCUCGGGUGGUGGACGAGCGGGAACAGAUGAUGAUGAGCGGCGGCUACAUCCGCAAGGUGACCAACGAUGCCCGUGAGGAUGAGAUGGAGGAAAACUUAGCUCACGUCGGCAGCAUCAUCGGGAACCUGAAGAGUAUGGCUCUGGACAUGGGCAACGAGAUCGACACGCAGAACGUCCAGAUAGAACGGAUUCCAGGGCAGGCCAUCCUGAACGUGUCGCGUAUCGAAGCCGCCAACCAGAAAGCCCACAACCUCAUGAAGCAAUAGAAGCUUUUCUACUUUCUCUGCUUUUGUUGUCGUCCGCUUACCAUUUCUCAUCAUGAACUCCUCCAACAUGUUGUUAUUAUUAUUAUUAUUAUCCUUAGCUGCUCUUAUCUUGUGUUUUAUUAUUUAUAUUACGGUUUUCUCUGAUUUUAUUACAUCACAUUCGCCCUCUGCAGGAAGUUAGAAGCUUUAAAGUGUAAAAGCACCACAGGCUGCAGCAGCGUUGAGCAGAAUCCAACUUAGAAACUGAAAAAACAAGAAGAAGCAACAGAAAUCGUCUUUCUGAGUCGUGGCGUCUCGUGUCUCGAUGCAGGAGUGACUUCGUCUGAGCAGAAAAUAUGCUCUAAAGAUAAGAAAACUGCUAAUUUCCCAACAUAAGCAUCAGUUCACAGCCCUCCUCCCUUCCUCUGCUCUGAUUUAGUGGGUAAAGUGAAGGCAGUGGCGCCCUCUGCAGGUCCAACACGGAACUGCUCUCAACAAGGAAACACGUAUUCUUUGAAAAAGGAGGAUCUCUGAGGACACCAAGCGGACAAACGUGGACCUUCCAGCUCUCUCCAUCUUCUUUUUCUCCUCUGUGUUGAUAUAAAAUGGUGGUGAAAAGACGGAUCGGUGCUUUUAUUUCCUCCAAGGCCACAAAUCGGAGCAUUUCUCGCCAAAUAAACGCAGUUAUUUGUGCUUUUUGUGCGUGUUUUUUCCCCACAAACUGCUAUGAAUGUCAGCUUUUAUUGUGGCGUUGAGUAAAGCUCCAAGUCAGACCUGUAACUUGUGCUGAUAAUAAAUCUGCAUUAAUAUGACUUUAAACACACACAGCAGACAGGACAAAGUGGCACCGCUGGAUUAGCAUGUAUGCUGGUGUUUGUUGUGAUUAAAUGCCAAAAUAUGAAUGUUGUGAAUAAAAAAAUGUGCACAGAAACAAGGUGUGCAUGCAUUUGGAU